UGGACAGCACAGCCCUGCCCUCAGAACCAAACCACAAGAUCAACAAGGGCAAAGCUGUUUUCUCUUUGCCCCCAACAGCAACCUGUUGUCCUUCAACCAAGGGCGGUCCUCCCUCAAAACCUUGAACUGUUUGCAAGUAUCCUCUCCAAAGGAUCCAUCACAUCUUCUCAUCUGAAACUCAGUCUUUGGAUCUAAACAUUUCCUCCACUCAACCAUGACCGCUUCAGUCUUCUCCAGCCUUGGGUUUAUCUGCUCUGUGAACGUCCUACUUCUGGUGUUGACUGGUUUGAGCUUGAGCAGUCCCAUCAGGUCUCCUGAGAGCCAUCACAGGGCAUCAGACGGUAGGGAUCUGGGUUAUAAUCCGCGUCUUGAUGCACAGGACUUUCUGAGCCAGUUUCUGUCCACACUGAACCUCACAGAGCUGAGGCCCCAGCCCAGGCCCCUCGCUGCCCGUAAGGAGCCACCAGAGUACAUGUUGGAGCUGUACAACCGAUUUGCCAAUGACCGCACUUCUGUGCCCUCAGCCAACAUUGUGCGCAGUUUCAAGAAUGAAGAUUCCUCCCCCUACAGUUUAAAGGCCAGGGGUGUAAGGAUACAUCCCCUGCUGUUCAACAUCUCCAUGCCCCACCAUGAGCACAUAACAAUAGCUGAACUUCAUCUUUUCACUCUGGUCCGGAAGGCCCAAAGACCAUAUUCUGGCCUUGACUGCAAGGUGACCAUUUACAAUAUACAUGAGGGCGUUGUUUGGACCAAAGAGGUGGGGAAAGAAGGGAGAAGGAGGGAUAAAGAGGAGGUGGUGGAGAUGAGGGAUUUGGAGGAACUGGUGACUAGGCAUGUCCAUGCCAAAGAUAACAGCUGGGUGUCGUUUGACCUGACUCAUGUGGUUACGCUCUGGCGGAAAUCGGGGUGUGCAACUCACAGACUGGAGGUUCAUAUUGCGAGUCUGGGGUCAGAGGAGGAAGGGGCUACACAAGAGGUCACAGAGGAGGGUAAAAGUUUGGUUGAGAUUGAUAUCGACAGGAGCUUGGAGGGAAAACACAAUGCAGUGAUGAUUGUAUUUUCAGAUGAUCAGAGCAGAGACCACAAACGGGAUAAACAAGAGCUCAACCAGAUGAUUGAACAUGAGAAUGACCUUCCUGAAAACAUGGUCCAGCGCCAACAAACUUUCCGGGGGCACGUUAAUCACAACACCCGCCAUGCUAACCAGGACGAGCUGGACAAACAGUCUCUCAUGCAACUGCAGUCCAACCUUAUCUAUGACACCCCCCCCCGAAUCCGUCGCAAUGUUAAGAGCGAGCCAUGCAAGAGGACCCCACUCUUCGUGGAUUUUAAAGACAUUGGCUGGGAUACGUGGAUCAUCCAGCCUCUGGGCUAUGAGGCGUAUGAGUGCAACGGUGUGUGUAACCCACCUAUGACCUCUGAGGUCUCGCCUACCAAACAUGCCAUAGUGCAGACUCUGCUGAGUAUUAAGAGUCCAGAGAGAGCAUCGCGUGCCUGCUGUGUACCCACUAAGUUGGAGCCAAUCUCACUCCUUUAUCAUGAUAAUGGGGUGAUCACUUUCAACCACAAGUACGAGGGGAUGGUGGUGGCAGAGUGUGGAUGCAGAUAGUCCUGCAAGUGAUGCAAUUACACAGAGAUAGAGACUGCACAUUGCACACAUCUUCUCAUGUGCUUGUUUCCACAAUAUCUACGAUCUCAUACAGUGGUGUGUAAAAACAAAAGUCUGGACUUAGUUGUAAAUUAGUGAUGGACACAAAUUUGUGCUACAUGAUGUAAAUUUGCAAUUGUAUAAAGGUAAAUCCGUUAUUAUAUUAAUGUAGAAUAUAAAGGUUUCAAAGUAAUGCUGCAAAUCUUUUUAAACAGUCUGUCAUGAUUUAUGAUAAUUAUUUGGCAAUUUCUGUAUAUGUGAGUGUUUCUGGAUAAGUUCCAUAAUUCAUUGUAAAUGACGGUAACAGGCCAUACAUCAGACAAAAUGAGGAUAAAAGAGGAAAAGCUCUUAUAGUAAAUGUGUGAACAUCCAGGUAAAAAUAUCUUUUCAACAUGUUUCAGAUGAAGUGAGCUCCAUGUUACAGGGGGUGAUUCAAAGGGUUAAAUAUUACAGUACUGAUAUCUGACUCAUUAACAGUGGCCCUGAACAAUUUGGAAAUAUGUAUGUGAGAUCUGUACGAGUACAAAAGAUGUACCCUGAGUGCAGAGUUUCACGGUGCAGAAUCUGACAAUAGGGAAUUUGUGUUAUUUCAUUGUGGGUGUUGGAACUGAAUAUACAGUACUAAAUACACUGAGUAUCCCCACAGCAUCUUACUGCAAAAUCUAAAUUUAUUUUUGUUGAAUUUUCAUCACAAACCUUUAUCAAAAGAUUACUUUUUUCAGCUAAAUUUUGUCCCGGAAGAAACUAUUACUAAUGCAUAAGUUGAGAGGCUUGAAACAAAAAAAAAUCCAAACUGAACUAUUCUCUCAAGAAAAAUCUGCUUGUUAGGAUAGCCACCAUAUUACAAUGAUUUGCACUAAUGUUAGUAUGCUGAAUGGUUUGUUUUUUUUUAAAUAUGAAAAGUCUCUUAAAUUCAAUUGUAAUUGAAUCCACAGUCUUGCCAAAAUGCUUUAGUAUUGGUAGAUAUAUAUGCUGUAGAUUUGUAAAUGAUAUCAUUUGUCUCUUUGCCCUACUGCAUGUUGGGGCCACCGAGAUGAUUUUAAGACUGUGACAUUUUUCCUCUUAUUUGCUUGCCAAAUGUGUAGAAAAUAUAUUUUUGAUGGCUUUUGACCGGGAGAGGAUUUUCAAAGUGUUUAGGAGCCCUUCGGGGCUUUUUUCUGAAAAAUGUACAAUUUCUCUUACCUAAAAUUGCUGU